UACUCAGCGUUCAAAAACUUGUGAAACGCUGCAUGUCUAGAGAAAUUUACUUUUUUUUUAUGAGAAUAUAAAUUUUUGUUGAGGUGCUGUUUUUCAACCCUAAUCCUUCCACCAAGAAUGAAACUAUUUAGACAUUAAGAUGCCAACAGAUCACGAGCAGCCCUGUGGUCCCAGGCACAGGUCAUUUUGCCUGAAUGGGGGGAUUUGUUAUGUGAUUCCUACUAUCCCCAGCCCAUUCUGUAGGUGCAUUGAAAAUUAUACAGGAGCUCGUUGCGAAGAGGUUUUUCUCCCAAGCUCCAGCAUCCAAAGCAAAAGUAACCUGUCGGCAGCUUUCGUGGCCCUGGCGGUCCUAGUCACUCUUGCCAUCGCAGCGCUCUGCUUCCUGUGCAGGAAGGGCCACCUUCAGAGGGCCAGUUCAGUCCAGUGUGAGAUCAGCCUGGGAGAGACAAGCAAUACCAGUACCCAGCACAUCCAGGCCCAAAUACCAUAACUUAUGCCAAAGUUCACUGAAGAAACAACCGGUCUCCAUAAACUCAUUUAGAAAUACUGAAGAGAGUACAGAAUACGAGACAAGAUGAAGUUUGGUGAUGUUGCAAGGUUAUUAAUAUUAAGAGGUCACAGAGAGCACUGAAGACAUCCCCAGUGACGGGUAUCAUUACCUACAAAGAUAGACUGUGGACCAUACAACAAGAGAAGGCCUUGUCGUUUGUGAAUCGUUGCAGUUUGUACAAGCAGUGCUCACUCCCCACCCUAAGGAGAUGCAAGCUAAACAAACGAAGCCAAGCCUUGUACCAGCACCUCAGAGACGUCUUUAAGAGGGUGAAGUUUUUGCUUCAGACUUAAGAACUCGAUCUUCAGUAACUGUCUAAAGACGAGCUUGCGAGGUCCAGCCAAGCUCUGGCCGGCUGCGGGACCGUGCUCAUCGGCUACCCACCCCCUGGCAACAGUCCCUCCCUCCUGUGCACACUCAGCAGAUGCAGACCUCAGCACCAGGUUAUUCUCAGCUCAUUUGAGACGACUUCCACACAAGGGCCGGCCACUGGACGGUUUAAAACAAGCUGCUUCAGCCUCACCUUUUAGUUCCUCUUCCUUUAAAACCUCAAUCAUCCUUAUUUCUUUCUAGGAAAUCUCUAUUUCCCAGUUAGCAACUCAACUCUCUACUGAAAUAAGCCAUGUGUUUGUUUAUUUUAGCCUCGCUCAGAUGACUCUUCAUUUGCAGGAGGUCCUGAGCGCUAAAAUAUACCAGCUGUAAAUGCUGAAGGAGCCUCAUUCUGACCUUCUUAACACAAUAAAUUCAAGUUUUGUUCGUUGACUGCCAGCAGAAUUAUGUUUAGUGAACGUUUUGGCAAGAGCAAAAUGGAGUGAAGUGGUAUACUGGCAAUUUCUUUUCCUUUGUAUGUUUUUGAGACAGGGAUCACUUCAUAGCCUUGGUUGGCCUGGAAGUCACCAGUGUAGAUAAGGCUGGCGCUGACUUCAAGAGGCUCACCUGCUUUUGCCUACUCAGAGUUACGGGAAUUAAAAGCAUAAUACCAUCACACUGCUUGAUUCCUCUAAUUUCUCUUUAAAAACCUAAAAGUAACAAGAACCUGAAAUCAUUACCAUUCACCCAUGAGAGAAGAGCAAAGUACU